AUGGAUAGUUCCGCACCACCAACACCCACCGAAGAGUGGGAUAAAACCACCGAUUCUAUCCAUUCCGAUUCAUCGGAUGAGCUUUACAACAGCCGACCCAACCGCUGGCGUGGUUCUAAAGCCUCCUGGAGGAGUCGCAACGAAGGUGAUCGAGCCGUCUACACCGCACUCGAGGCACUUCGCCACUCGGACCUCUCCGUUCACCUCUACAAUGCGUUUGCGUUGAAGAAAGGACCGCGAAUGACAAUAAGUCAAACCGGUGAACUUCUGGGGUACGAGAGUGUGGUCGGGAAAUGGGCUCCUCCACGGGCCUGGACUGCGUGGCCCAUGGGCGUGGAAUACGUGCCUAGCGACGAUCUCAUGCCAAUGCAACCGUUGGAUGAGGACAGCGGGCUAACUUUCCGGAAGAUGGAGAGAACGUUUCCGAGAACCGCUCUGGCGGAAGAGGUCGCGGCUUUGAUCCUCAGGGCAGCCAAGGAGAAGUUUUUGCGGCGAGAAGAAGAGCAAGAGAUGAGAGGGGAUGCGCAGAACAACGACCAGGAGGACGUGUUGACUGGUGGGGAAGAAGACAACUCCGAGGCGGAGCAAGACUCGGAUCUGGAGAUGAAGGAUGCGAGGGGCCACUCUGCCGAAGACCGUUCUAUCAGCAGAGACCGCGAGAUGAGCCCUGAGAUGAUUGGUGUGCCCUCUGCGGAUGACGAGGCGUCCAACGCCCUGCUCCAGCCUGUCGUGGGAGACAUCAUCAGCAAGCUAGAAAAGACUUUACUAUCCCUGCACAACAUGAUGGUGGCCACAAUCCAGUCCGUCGACGACCGGGACGACGACGACAGCGAGGACGGCGGCGUCGGCGGCAGCGCGAAUCGGCCACGGCAAGGUCCGACUCCCAAGAAGGCGCGCAGGUCCAUAUCCCGCUCCCCCAAGAAGAGGCGUAGGGCCCCGAGCGAGGCCGCUCCACCCCGCGGACGACGUCUCGCUGUCGCCGUCCCCGAGCCCCUCCCCGUAAAGAGGGACGCGCAGCAGUCUCUACGCGUUCCCGGCCCCGCGGCUGGACGCCCGCGCGACAGCGUCCGCAAACGGGAAGACCGCCUGCUGAGCCUCGUGCCCCGCGACUGGCGCACCGUCCUGGGCGCGGCCUCCAUGUCGGGCUUCUCCCCGCCGACCACGCCCCGGCCAACGACACCCGAUCCACCAUCCACCCUCGUGCACACUCCCCUCCCCUCCACUACCAAUGCCGACGAAAAUGACGUCGAUGACGACGACGACGAUGACGACGCAGAGCUAGCAGAAAUCAUCCGCCUGCGCCUCCGCGGCCGAGAACUCCUCCGCAGCCAAGACCACACCCGACCCCUCCGUCCCCCACCCGCUCACGGCUCCCCACUCGAAGUCAAGGCGCGGGUUCUCCCCAAGACCUUUUAG